AUGAAGAUAAUUAUAUAUUUUUGCAUUUGGGCAGCAGCAUGGGCCAUUCCAGUUCCUCAAAUCAAACCAUUGGAGAGAUGUGCUGUUGAAAAGUCUGUGAAUUUACAUCUUAUAGCAAAAUCAAAAGUGCCAGUACAGGAAGAGUUAAAUGCCAGUGACACCGCCAAAGAAAGUGGUGCCCCCAGGCACGGAAGUGAAAGAGGAAGGCAACAGCAUGCCGGAGACAGUGACAAAGGAGCAGGGAAUGGCUCUGAGUGGGCAGAAGAAGGAGGGCAGCGUUCUCCGCAUUCCACAUUAGCAAACAAAGAGGGGGAUAUUGAGGAUUGGAAUGGGGGUGCAGGAAAACCAGAAACAUAUGGUCAUGAUGGGAUACGUGGAAAAGAAAGUAACGCCACAGCGAAUGGCAUCAGGGGACAAGCAAGCGUCAUCAGUGAUGCUGAAGCAUCAGAUGGGGGCAAUAUUGAUGGAAAUACUGAUGAGAAUACAGAAAAUGGGGAUGUCGGAGAUGCAAGUCAGAAUGGAGGUGCCACUGUUGUCCCGGAAGAUGGACCUCCAGUAGAUGGAAGCACUAAUGGCACAGACCCCAGGGAUGAGAUAAGUGGGAAUUCCUGGAGAAAGGAGAGUGAUACAAGUGAAAUGACAUGUCAGACAGAAGGGGAGAGAAAUGGGAAUGAGGCGGGUGAGGCAACACCAGGCAACGGAGAAGGUCCUGGCCUGGGUAAUUCUGAUGGGAGUCCUAGCGGGAAUGGAGCAGACGAGCAUGAAGACCAGGGCUCUGGUGAUGAUGAAGGUGAAGAAGCAGGGAAUGGAAAAGAGGGCAGUGAGAACAGCAAUGGCCGGGAAGGUCAAGGUCAUGGAAAAGAAGAUGACAAUGACAAUAGCAUCGGUCGAAAUUCUAUUAGUGGUGAAGAGGAUGACCCUGAAGGCGAAGAAGAUCCCCGUAAUGACAGUGACAGAACCAACACACCCAAAAGUGAGGAGGAUUCUGACGGUGUUCCAGAGGACAGUGGUAGCCAGAGAACAGAGGACGCCCGGAAUUCCAAUCACAGAGAAAGCGAAGGUGUGGGAAACGGGAUCACCAAAGAAUCAGAGCCAAGUGCUAUUGGAAAGAGCCAAGAUAAGGGAAUAGAAAUCAAAGGUCCCAGCAGUGGCAACAGAAAUAAUGUUACCAAAGAAGCUGGGAAAGUCAAUGAAGAUAGAGAGAGUAAAGGACAUGGAAUGAUCACGGGCAAAGGAAAUGUAAAGACACGAGGAGGGGUUGUCAACACACAAAGACCUGGCCAGAAAUCAGAACCUGGAAGCAAAGUUGGACACAGCAGAACAGGUAGUAACAGCAAUAGUGACGGAUAUGACAGUUAUGAUUUGGAUGAUGAAUCCAUGCAAGGAGAUGAUCCCAAUAGCAGUGAUGAGUCUAAUGGCAAUGAUGAUGCUAAUUCAGGUAGUGACAAUGACAGCAGUAGUCGAGGAGAUACUUCUUAUAACUCUGAUGAAUCAAAAGAUAACGGCAAUGACAGUGACUCAAAAGGGGUAGGAGAUGACAAUGACAGUGAUAGCACAAUGGAUGCUAAGGAUAGUGAUAGUAAUGGCAAUGGUAAUAAUGGGAAUGAUGACAAUGACAAAUCAGACAGCAGCACAAGUAAAUCAGAUGGCAGUGACAGUAGUAACAGUAGUGAGAGCAGGGACAGUAGCAAGAGUAGUGACAGCAGUAAUAGUAGUGAUGGUAGUGACAGUGACAGCAGUGACGGCAGCAACAGCAGCAAGAGUAGUGAUAGCAGUGACAGCAGCAACAGCAGUGAUAAUAGUGACAGCAGUGACAGUGACAGCAGUGAUGGCAGCAAAAGUAGUGAUAGCAGUGAUAGCAGCAACAGCAGUGAUAGUAGUGAUAGCAGUGACAGCAGUGAUAGUAGUGACAGCAGUGACAGUGACAGCAGUGACAGCAGAAAGAAUAAUGAUAGCAGUGACAGUAGUGACAGUAGCAACAGCAGUGAUAGUGACAGCAAAUCAGACAGCAGUGACAGCAACAGUAGCAGUGACAGUAGUGACAGCAACAGUAGCAGUGACAGUAGUGACAGCAGUGACAGUAGCAACAGCAGUGACAGCAGUGACAGUAGUGACAGCAGUGACAGUGAUAGCAGUGACAGCAGAAAGAGUAAUGAUAAGAGUGACAGCAGUGAUAGUAGUGACAGCAGUGAUAGUGACAGUAAGUCAGAUAGCAGUGACAGUAACAGUAGCAGCGACAGUAGUGACAGCAGCGACAGUAGUGACAGCAGCAACAGCAGUGAUAGUGACAGCAAAUCAGACAGCAGUGACAGCAACAGUAGCAGUGAAAGUAGUGACAGCAGCAACGGUAGCAACAGCAGCAACAGCAGCAACAGUAAUGCCAGCAACAGCAGUGACAGUAAUGACAGCAAGGACAGUAGUGACAGCAAUGACAGCAGUGACAGCAGUGACAGUAGCGACAGCAGUGAUAGUAGCAAUAGCAGUGAUAGUAGUGACAGCAGUGAUAGUAGCAACAGCAGUGACAAUAGUGACAGCAGUGACAGCAGCAGCAGUGACAGUGACAGCAAACCAGGUAGUGACAGCAGUGAUAGUGACAGUAAGUCAGGUAGCAGUGACAGCAACAGUAGCAGUGACAGCAGCAACAGCAGUGACAGCAGCAAUAGCAGCAACAGCAGCAAUAGUAGUGACAGCAACAGUAGCAGCAACAGUAGUGACAGCAGUGACAGUAGUGACAGCAGUGAUAGCAGUGACAGCAGUGAUAGCAGUGACAGCAGUGACAGUAGUGACAGCAAUGAUAGUAGUGACAGCAGUGACAGUAGUGACAGCAGUGAUAGUAGUGACAGCAGUGACAGCAGCAGCAGUGACAAUGACAGCAAACCAGGUAGUGACAGCAGUGAUAGUGACAGUAAGUCAGAUAACAGUGACAGCAGCAGUAGCAGUGACAGCAGCAACAGCAGUGACAGCAGCAAUAGCAGCAACAGCAGCAAUAGUAGUGACAGCAACAGUAGCAGCAACAGUAGUGACAGCAGUGACAGUAGCGACAGCAGUGAUAGCAGUGACAGCAGUGACAGUAGUGACAGCAACAGCAGUGACAGUAGUGACAGCAACAGUAGUGACAGCAGUGACAGCAAAAGUAGUGACAGCAGAGACAGUAGUGACAGCAGCAACAGUACUGAAAGCAGUGAUAGUGACAGUAGUGACAGUGACAGCAGCAACAGCAGUGACAGCACAUCUGGUAGUGACAGCCAGAGUAAGUCUAGUAAUGGCAACAAUGGACGUGAUAGUGACAGUGACAAUGACAGUGAAGGUAGUGAUAGUAAUCACUCAACCAGUGAUGAUUAG